GGCUCCCUCCCCGACCCCUUUUUCUCCGUCUCCGUUUCCCGGAAAGGAAGGGCUGAGGAGAGCGAGCCAAGACCCUUCUGUCGUCUUCUAAGGCGGAGAUAGCACCGCCCAAGAGGGAAAAAAAAAAAAAAAAGAAAGGAAAAGAAAAGAGAGAGAAGUCAGCCCUCCUCAGUCUCUUAUAGAAAAAAAACUACAAAAUAAUAAUAAUAAUAAUAACUCCACCUAAAAUAUAAUGGAAGUUUAUAUAAUAAACUAAUAUAUCCUAUAGUCUCUAAUCCUAUAUUCUCCUCGCUAUUGGGUGCUUCCUCUCAUAUCUAUCUCCAUCCAAAAAGGAAGAAGAAAUAUCUAUGGCCUUUUCGAUGAGGAAUUCGGGGAUUUAUUGUUGGAAUUUGUCAGCGUUUUGUUCCUGAGAGAUCUGGUUUUUUGUUUGUUUUUGUGCGAGUUCAGAUUGGAUGGGACAGUGAUGCGCAAACGCUAGAUUUCGGAUUUGGAUUUUGGAAUGGUGGAUUGGAUGGGAGAAAUGGAAGCGUGUUAAGGAUUUCAGAUCCGGAGGAAAAGGAUCCGAAGGAACGAUCCGGGGCGACGGCGAUGGAUGCGGAGGAUUUGAGAAGGGUGAUGAGGAGCACGGGCGUGGAUCUGUGGACGCUAAUCGAGGCCGCGAUCGAUGUAGCUGCCCGGGAUCAUGGCAAGGAGCUGAGGGCGCGGCGGGACGGGAUCGUGGAGCGCCUCUACGCGACGCGGCCGAGGACGGUGGAUCGCUGCGGGAGCUGCGCUCCCGCCGCCGGUGGCGGCGGCGGAGCUGCGGGGCGGGAGGCGGGGAGCCAAUCGAGAGGGGGAGCGGAGGGGAAGGGGAGUAUGAGCCCCGCGGCCAGGAAACGGGCGGCGACGCGGUCGCCGCCGUCGAUGAACGGUGAGGAGAGAGAAGGACAAGACUAUGGGAGGGAUGAUGACCGUCCGAUCGACGAGCAGACCAAGAUCUUGGCUAUUAAAGAUUUUCUAGAAGAUCCCGAUCAGUCGGAGGAUUCUCUGGUAAGCCUGCUGCAAAAUCUUGCAGACAUGGAGAUUACUUUCCAGGCUCUCAAGGAAACGGAUAUAGGAAGGAUUGUGAACGGAUUCCGGAAGCAUCCCUCCGCGGAAGUACGGCAAUUGGUUAAGCAGCUCGUCAGGAGGUGGAAAGAUCUCGUAGACGAGUGGGUGAAAUCGAAUUCCGCCGGCGACGCUGCUUAUAUCACUUAUGGAGACUCGCCACAGCAAAUCCCUGUAAAAAAUAACAAUCAAAACGGGCACCAACAGGCUCCAGAAUUCGGUUACUCAACAAAUCCUCACAAUGGUUACGCGAGCACUGAGAGAAAUGGCGGGGAAUUAGUGGAGCCGAAGGCGAAGCCCGCCCCGCGGAAGGAAGCUCCCGCCAAGCCAAACCACCCCUCCCCGCCUUCAGCACCCUCUCCAGCUGCCAAGGAGGACAGCCUGCUGGAUGCCGAGAGACUCGCUUCCGCGAGAAGACGUCUCCAUGAAAACUACCAAGAAGCCCAAAACGCGAAAAAGCAACGGACCAUUCAGGUGAUGGAUAUCCAUGAGAUACCGAAGCCGAAAAAUUCCUUCAUGCGGAAUAAAGGCGGUUUCCAGGCCAAGCACUGGUGAAGUCCGGUGACCGGCGGGUGCCUGUAAUAAUAACUUAAUUAUAAUGCUUUGCUGAUGGAUUUUUUUUUCUUUUCUUUUUGGGAUUUUAGUUCUCGUUUUCUAAUUAAGUAACUGGAGAUUUGGGAGAAAGAUAAAUAGAAAAGGUAUUUAUUAGGGAAUUAAUGGAUUUUUUUUUUUUUUGAUUGGCUCGUGUGGAUGCAACGUGGAGGAUGGGAAAUGUCCACGUGUCCUUCCCAAUUUGUCGUCUGUUGUAGUGGCGCAGGCGGGGGAAUCCGCGUAUGACUUGUGGAAUGGAGCCAGAGAAUUUGGUGGCCUUUUUUGGGAUAAAAAAGUGAAAACCAGUGGCCUUCAACCCGGGGAAAGUGGGACUCCAAAGGAUAGGAAGAUGGUGGACAGGACCGGCCUUUGAAAGUUGGAUAACUGUUGUGCCAAAAGAUUAAAAAAAAAAGGUUGGAUUACUGGGUCUGUUGGCGCGGAGUGUCAGCAUGACAACCAUGGGACAAGCCUUAGUGACAUCUGGCUCAGAAAGUGGUUUUAACCUAAGAUUUAUGUAGAGAUCAGUAGUUGUAGAGACAGCUAAAAGGAAGCCGAAAAGGAAGAUAUUUUAGAUUUGAAAAUUUUGGCUACACAAUGAUGUCAUUAGCCUCAAAUGUAAGAGAGUGCUAUUAUAGUUGGUGGCUGAUGUAUUAUUCCAACUUUAAGCUUUUGCCGGCACCAACUAAGGCAUUCCAAUGAAUUACUAAAGGGCUGUGCCUGGCACUCGAGACUUAAGGCAUGACAUGUAAGUUGAGCUGCUCCUUGAGGUAGGAACAUGCUGGGUUAACAUUGAUGUUGGCUUUUGCUUGUGACUUUAGAGCAAAUUACUCUGUGGCCUCUUUCGCUCUGAUUAUACCAUUUUUUUCAUUGUAUC